AAACAAAUGUGGUUAGGUUUUUAUUUAAUCACGCAUACACUUGGUGCUGAACUAAUUCAUAAAAAUAAGCAGUAAUUACUCGUUUCUUUAGGUUUCUCAAUGCCGUAAUAAUGGGUCAGAUGUCAUAACAAUUCAUUGAUAACAAACAUCACUCAUUUUACGAUGUUCGGACGAACAGUGAUUGAGUUUUUUACGACAAUCUUCGGUAUGGGACUUAGGUCAAUAAUUAAGUAACUGUGAAUUGACUAGUUUUAUUUCCUAUUAGUGUGCCGAUGACUAGCAUCGGUUUACGUCGUAGUUUAGUGUAUAAAGUAGCUACAAGGAUGUUUUCUAACAAUUUUUCGUACGAGGAUGCUGUCCAUAAAUUAAACUCUUUACAAUCAAACAAGGCUACAAUAGAACAAAUACGAAAGGAAAUUAAAACAGGACAAAAAUGCACAAAUUUGAAGGAAAUGGAAAAAUAUUUAGCAAGAACAGGAGUACCACUAACAACAUUGGAUAAAUUAUCUGUUAUACAUGUUGCUGGUACUAAAGGAAAGGGGUCAACAAGUGCAAUGUGCGAAUCUAUUCUCCGAUCGCACGGCUACCGCACUGGGUUCUAUUCAUCCCCGCAUCUCAUAGCUGUAAGGGAACGGAUAAGACUGGCCGGACGACCUCUCUCUGAAGAACUGUUUGCACAAUACUUCCAUAAAGUAUAUGAUGCUUUGCAUAAAACACAGAAGUAUGAGGGCGAUAUGCCAAAAUACUUUGCCUUCCUCACAGUGAUGGCUUUUAAUGUUUUCAUUCAAGAAAAUGUAGAUGUCGCUAUAAUUGAAGUUGGAAUUGGCGGCAUUGUGGACUAUACAAAUGUUUUAAGAAAAGUCCCAGUAGCCGGCAUAACAGCUUUAGGCCUAGAUCAUACGUCAAUAUUGGGAAACACUCUGCCGGAAAUUGCUCUAGCAAAAGCCGGUAUAAUGAAGCCUGACUGCGUGGCGUAUACUGUACAACAACCACAAGAGGCUAUGGAAGUCUUGAAAAGAGUGGCUUCUGAUGUUAAAUGUCCCCUAACAGUUGUGCCAGAAUACAACACAUAUACAUUUCAAAAUGGCCUCCGUCAUUCCAUACAAUUAGACGCAUAUAGAAUAAACGCGUCCCUAGCGAUUCAGCUAGCCCAUGCGUGGAUGAGAAUAGCCAUAGAUAAUAAAAGUGAAAAUACAGAUAAUGUAAAAACCAGUGGGUUAAUAAAUAAAUUACCAAAGGAAACUGUUAUAGGUUUAAGGGAUUGUAAAUGGCCAGGACGAUAUCAUGUGGUUGAAACAGAAUUUGGAUGUGUGUACUUAGAUGGUGCACAUACAAGGGAGUCGAUGGAAAUUUGUGCUAAGUGGUUUAAUGAGAAUUGCAGGUAUCAAGAGAAAAUUUUGAUAUUUAGUGCCACUGGAGACCGCGAUGCCGAGAUUCUUUUAAAGCCGCUUUCACACAUGCAUUUUGAUACAGCAUUAUUCGUCAUACCAUCAGCAUACAAACAAAUUACGGAUAAAAGUGAUAAUUACUAUAAAACUGAACAAAAUGAACUAAUUUCUCGAUGCAAAAAAUAUGCGGAUAUUUGGAAUAAUCUUAAUCAUAGUUCAAGAGACAUAAAUGUAUUUGAAUGUGUAUCAGAUGCUUUGGAAAGUAUUAAUAAAAAUAGAAAACAAUCUAUUUUAAUAACAGGAUCACUACAUUUGGUUGGUGCUGCUUUAUCAAUAAUUGAUCCUAAUUUGAAUUAUUCAUAAAAAACAAGGAUAAGCUGUGAUGAAAAAAAUGUAUAUUGUAAUUUGUAACUAUUUUUUACCAAAAUAUAUAACAUGUUAAUUA